AUGAAUCGCAUUCGGCGAGUAGAUGACAUAAAUGGCCGAGUUUUAUUAAUUUCUGGUGUUGAAAGUAACGAUUCAGCAUCGAUUUUAGUAGUAAAUAUUUUUUAUGUAGUUAGAUCAGUAAACUUUUAGGAUGAGUAGUUCGGAGGGAGGGGGGAGGCCCCCUCCAACUGUAUUUAGACUAAAGACGUCACUACGUAGAACACCACCAGGAGUGACGAUGGCGGCAACCGUAACACCGAGCCCCCCGCAGAGGUCGUUAGUGGCCCCAGCUGCGGACAUCAGUGCGGCAGUGUACGAGGCAGUUGUGGCUACCGAGUCACCGGGCAGGUCAACACCGGCCGUUCAGCCAUUGACUACUCCGCAAGCGUCGCAGCCAGGUGGGACAGCAAAGAGGGUGCUGUCACCCGACGAGUGGACUGCCGUCGCCUCAAGAUCGAAGAGGAGGUUUAACCCGAGGGUGGGUGGGAUAUCGACUCCUCUGACUACCGCACUCCGUGCUCCAGCGGGGACGAACUUGAAUCUGAGUUGGAGGAUUUCUCUCGCGCGACGUCUCGUCAACUACUAUCACGGGCGAAUGAGACCGCUAGGGUUAUUUCAGGAGUGGUGGGGGGACCCACUUCUAAACUUAAUGAGGCCGAUAUAGCCAUGAUCAAUUCACAACUAGGAAGGCUUAUGGAGGUGGUAGCUCAUUUGGGCUUGAUUGCGGAGACAGGCAGGCAGGAAAUUGGCAAGACCCACUCCAAAGCGGAGGCUACAACAUUAGCCUGGGAACGGGAAUGUGCCCGGGUUGCGAAGGUUGAAGCGGAGGCGAAGGCGGCCAGGGCGGUGGCUUUGGCAGCCACCACGAGGGCUUCGGAGACUGCGGCUGCAGCACGUCCCAUCAGCUCUGGACCGGAGGGAGUUUCCUACGCGGACAAGGCGAAAAAAGGAGGACCGACGAUUACACUAUAA